GCCCCCUCCCAAGUAGCCUUCACACAGGCACCCUUCCAUUAUUAGCCCCUGUCACAAAUUCAAGACUCAAGGGCCGACCGCGGUGCGUCUCAAGGUUAAUGCAUUCUUCAUCGAUCGUCCUUUGAUUCGCUGACAAAGCUCAGAAUUUUAGAGCGUUCGUGAGCUCCUGCCAUGACUUGUCUCACCUCACGAUUUUUAAGGAGACAACUAGGAUACGACUGAGUCGCGCCGUGGUCGGCCCUUGAGUCGUGAAUGUGUGACAGGAGCUAUACCAGACAAUCCUAGAUACGAUUACUCAAUUUACUCCAACCAUUAGCUCUGUUUUUGUUAUUCUUUCAAUGGUUUGAGCUGUAUUGUAUUCGCUCAUAUAAGCUUUUAAUCAGUCAAUCAAUAGGGGCACACACCUCACCCACCCUACGACGCACAAACCGGGGGAGCCCUCUGAGCAGGUUUCUAUGCAGGCCCCCUUCCCAUCCCAACUACCCCAUGGCAGGAUCAGAGUUAAGGACCUUUAACUCUGGGGCGGGAUCCAUCGACUUGCCGACCCAUCAAAGUGCUUAUUACUCGCUUCGCUCGCCCCCCCCCCCCCCCUCUUCAUGAACCUAUGACGCCCUCUAGUCCCCCCCAAAAAAAAUCUGCCAAAAUUACGGGACUAAGUUAGUGUUGAUUGAAGAUCUGGGCAGCGUGUGGGUAAUCUUCCGCCACUCGCCGAUGGUUUAAAAAAUCAGCGUGUUUCGGUGGGACUCGAAUCAAGGUCCACGGGUUUGUUUGUCUUUUAUUAGAACGCGCUAUGGAAGAUACUAUAUAUGGUUAGAAGCACAGUUUAAUGACCGUUUGAAGUAGAGUUUUCGAGGGUGAGCAAACUUUCUUCGUGCCAGUCUUUUCGUGUGAUGUGUAGCACAAACAUUUAGGGGAUAAAGGCCAGAUUAUCCUCUUUGGUCUACGUGGAACUGCGUGUGAUUUGCAAUAAUUUCAAAGUAGUUAGACCAAAGAAACGUUCUCGUUACUUGCCACCAAGUCUCCUUGCUUGCCACAAACCUCAAAUGGCAGAAUCAAAAUGUUUAUUAAUCUAUCAUAGUCUCCAGUGACCCCUCGUUAGUUCACAAGCUCAAAGCCGAUACAUAGAUUUUUUGUCGCUCAUAGUGGAUGUUUUGAAGUCAAGUGUUUUUCCUCUGGGUUUUUUUUUCCAAUUUGCUUGGGUAGCACCUGAUAAUUAAAGCAUAGGUAAUGACACACCUACCGAAGUGACAAUUAAAAAUCUUCAGAGAUAAAAAUGGAUAGUAUGGACAUGUCAGGAGCAAGGAAUGGUUAAUAAUCCGGCUCCAGCUACACGUUAUAUUGACAAGAAUCUUCAGUAAGAACAACAACAAAAAACACAAAUACCUAUUGUUUUAAAACCGACCCUGCAGAAGCAAGGACUGGUGUACAAUGCGGCUCCAACUACAUAGAUACUACACUGUAAAGGCAACAACUAUCGUACGUGUCUCUAGUUGCACACUAUGAUACCUGAACCUUUCCGAGCGCUUGCCACCCAGGUACGUUAUUUUUACCGUACUGUACGGUACGGAAAAAUAGCUGGGAGUACGGUACGAAAUUACGGUACGGUAUUUUUUCAGGUACGGAGUACGGUUAAAAAUUCCGUACCGUACCGUACUGCCAGCCUUAUUGCCACCUGACAUUCUACUGUGCCUUCGGGAAUUACGUAAUAAGUUCGGGUGUUGCCACGUCGGGAUUCGGGAAAGGUAAACAAAGGGUUGCCAGGCGGUGACGCAUAAGUCUGACGACAUUACUAUUGAUCAUAUUUCCUCCCUGUCGGAAUAAUAUGGAACUAUUUGUACUGAACGUUGUUGUUUAUUGUAUGCUUAAAUGAUAUCCUAAUUACAAGUCCAAUAUAAUACGUAUGUACGAUGAAUAUUAGUGAAGAAUUUAGCAUAUUAUUAUUGAUCAUAUUUCCUUCCUGUCGUAAUAAUAAGGAACUGUUUGUACUGAAUGUUGUUGUUUAUUGUAUGCUGGAGUGGUCAACAUGAAUUAGAUAGUUAUAAGAUUCUGAUAUAAUGCGUUAUUACGAUGAAUAUAAGUGAAGAAUUCCGUUUGGACGCAGUGCCAGCCUCAGGGGUCAUAUUAUACCUAUCGGAGCACAUAUUUGACCAGACAUCCGAAGGAGUUUUGAGCAUUUCCAGGGGUAGCUUUAUGAUUCUCCUGGUAGUUUAACCAUAUUCCUGUACCAUGAACCUAAAAUAACACUCAGGAGAACCCGAUAGACCUCUUUUUCGGCCUCUGCAAAUAGUUGAUUGAUUGAUUGAUUGAUAGUUUAUUGUUGCAAGUAAAACAACAAAGGAGAAGGGAGGAGCAUGCCAUCCCAACCCCCAGGCAGUACAGAGUGUGAUUAUACAACUAAGGAUACAUGUGAUUGAUUGAUUGAUAGUUUAAUUGAUGUGAGAGGCGAAAGCAGAACACCGACCCCAAAGGAAUUAACGUAAACAUCAGCAGCAGACGGCGAAGGAGUAUUAUAGUGAGGAGAGACAAACAGCGUAACGCCAUUGAAAGCAAAGUGUGACAACAAGCAGAAGAGAGGCUCAAGAGGAGGAGGAAGGCCUACGAAGCGAUACAACAGGACAAAGAAGAAGAAGAGGAGUACGUAGCAGACGGCCUUGGCUUGUUGGCGCGGCGAGGCGAGUGGUGCCGCGGCCUGCACACACGCCUUCCCUCACGCAGGCACAGGCACCCUCCCCAUCACACCUUGGCCUUCACGGGCAGCCACGCCUACCACCAGGCCUACCCUUCUGUGAGGUCUCGGGCUAUCGGGACGUUUUCUCAGCCGCUCCUGCCAUACCUCCUUCAUACCGUCAUCGAAGUAUAAGAAACAAAAAUGGGUAACCACGCAUCAUCUGGGGAGCGGCGGGAUCGUAAUAAGACCGGAGAGUUCACCCCAUACUCCCCAAGUCGGGUCGGGGAUGGACAAGCCUUUACCUUCGACCAGUCCAGGUCAGGUGCUGGCCAUCACAAGGCACUACUGCAGCAGGGCUCAGAGGAAGACCAUGACCCUGUGAUCCUGAAGGUUGCCAAGGACAAGGAUAAGGAGAAUGAGGAACCAGUUCCUGCAAGGCCCAGACCUGUCAUCACUCAAGGGAACAAGAAGAUGCUUCCAUUUGUCAUCAAGUGGACAGGAGGAGGAAACAGUGUGUCCAUUGCAGGAACAUUCAACCAAUGGCAGAGCAUACCAAUGGUCAAAAGUGAGAAGGACUUUGUUGCAAUCGUUGACCUCCCAGAAGGCUCCCAUCAGUACAAGUUUUUAGUGGAUGGGGAGUGGAAGGUCAGUCCUGGUGAGGCGGCCGUUGACAAUGCCAUGGGGACACAGAACAACAUGAUAACCAUCAAUGAUGCAGACUUUGAGGAAUUUGAAAAUGCCCUCCUCCGAGAUCCCAAUGACAAGAAAGAUGAUAAGUCAGGCUCCAAGAAUAUCUCUGGGAAGGAAAGGGAAGUGGUGCAGGAAGAACAGUUCAGCCAAGAAAUACCUGAAUAUCAACAAAGUGAGAAGAUUCGAGGGCCGCCCGUCCUGCCCCCCCACCUGCUGCAAGUCAUCCUGAACAAGGACACCCCCAUCUCGUGUGAGCCAACCCUUCUACCUGAGCCAAACCACGUGAUGUUGAACCACAUGUAUGCACUCAGCAUCAGGGACGGCAUGAUGGUCCUCUCCACCUCACACCGCUUCCGUAAGAAGUGCGUCACUACCCUCAUCUACCGACCCAUAGAGUAGAUAUAUACUUGAGAAGACCAAGUUGAGGCGAUUUGAAGCAGUGGCAUUGAUAUUAGUAGUAGUAGCAGUAAUAGUAAUAGAAGUAGUAGCAGCAGCAGUAGAAGUAGCAAUAGUGGUGGUUGUGGUGAUAGGCAAAUAUUGGGGUUAUGGCAUUUUAAUCAUAAUCUCAAAGUCAAAAAAAUGUUCUUCCAUUGCUUUAAUUUUCUUCAGUGUACCUGUGUGUGAGUGGGUUUUUUUCCAUGCAUGUGUGUGUGUGUGUGUGUGUGCGAGCAUGUGUGGAUGCAUGCCAGCGUGUGUGCAUAAAUGGAGGCAUGCCUGCUUGUGUGUGUGUGUGUGUGUGUGUGUUAGGAUGUGAUUACUUAUCUUCAGUAAUGGAUGAUAGGUGAAGCAGUGGCUAAGGUAUGAUAUUUGAAUGGCAGCUAUGUCUUAAUGGUGAUUGAGUGAGGAUUUAAGCUUGUGCAAUGUAAGGUGGAAAUGGAUUGUUUUGGUGAUUUUAAUAAUUUUACCUUAUGUUUGUGUUUGGUUAGUGGCAUUAUCUUUAUUUAAUUUUAGCAAAAUAUGCUAAGCAUUAUUCGUUUACUUCAUAUGACACAAACAAAGAAGUACAGUAUUAAAGUUUGGUUAUGAAGAUAUCUUAGAUCUAUUGGUAGACAUCUCAUAAACAGAUUCCUUAGGGGGUAGGGUGCAAAAUAAGAGGGUGUAGUUAGUAUCAUUGUAGCCUUUUGAUUUUUAAUUGGAUAUAAAGUAAAAUAAGAUCCUGUAUAACAGUGUCUUACUAAUUGCAAUAAUCUCUUAAACAAUUCUACUCGGAAUCUAUUUGUAAACUUUUUCAUGUUUAAGACUUAAUGUAGUUCUCUGAUUCACUACUUUUCAUGAAAAAAAAGAUACAAGCUAUGAUCUUAUGCUGCCAGGGAUCUUUUUAUAUUUCAGACUUUGAGAUUGGUGUUCAUAAUGUACCAAAAAGGGGGUUUGAGUAAAUAUAGUCUUAAAAAUUGCACACAGGGUUACUCACUGAGGAUGGAUCACUUUCCAAUCAAUAUCAAAAUACCACAAUGCCAAAAUUAGUGAAUUUUGGUGAAUAUUUGCACCCACCCCCUUUAGAAAUAAAAUGUAUGUAUAGAGAGUCUCAUCCAACUCAGGUUCAUCCAAAAACAUUUGACCACAUGUGAGCAUCAGUAUUUGCCAGUAUCUAUUAACAGUAAGCACAAUGUGAAUUUUUUUGCAUUUAUGUCAAACAGACAUUAGGGAUGAGAAUAUCAUUGGUCACUCUAUCUCAAGAGUUAGCCUUGUGCUGUGUUUGAUAACACUCUUGCCAUGGAGGAUUCUGUGGUAAUAUUUCUUUUUUAAGUAUUUGAUGCUGAAAGCAAAGUUUCUUCAAUUCAUAUAACAUAUACUGAAAAGUAUGAAAUAGAGUGUAAAAUGUUACUGUAUAGGUGAAUUUGUUAUGAAACUUUAAGCUGUAUUAAACUACUGUGUACAAACACAGCUGUGUGUGAGCUCUACUGAGCAUACUAUGGCUGAAAAUGUGAUAUUGCUUUGCUUUCUGUUAUUCCUAUUUAAAUCAUUCUCUUUUAAGUGACACAGUAUUACAAGUAUCUUUUUUUUAUUUUACUGUUUGCUCUGUGUCUCUAAUGUGCAAUACUUCAUGAGGAUCUCAUCCAUUUAACACUACAUGGAUGACAAUAUUUGCUGACAGAGUUUCAGAUACCAUAGUAGCAUAGUUAAGAACAGUGGUGGGUCUUACAGCAGAUUGGCUUGGCCCAAGGUGUUAUGGACUCACUCAACAUGAGUUCUGUUCUGAACAGCACAAGAUAGCUGUUCAGAAGGACAAAGAUCUGGAUCUUCAAAUCUUACUCUAUGGCUGUGAGACAUGGACACUAAAUUGUGACCUGGAGAGGCAGUUCGAUUCCUUUGGUAUUUAGUGUCUAUGCAGAAUCAUGGUAUAUUGCUGGAAUGACUUUGUGUCAAACCAUCGACUACUUCGUGAGACUGAUUCCACAUAUAUUACCCACAUAGUCCAUAAAUGCCAACUCCAGCUAUUCAGGCAUGUGGCACUCUACCCAGAAGCUGACCCUGCUCAUUGGGUUGUUUCUGUAAGAGAUGAUCUUGAGUGGAGGAGGCCAAAGGAAUGCUCACAGAGUCCAUGGCUUGAACAAGUCGAUAGAUCCUGCCAGGAAGCACUUAGGAUGGGAAGGGGGCUUGCAUGGAGACUUGCCCGGAGGAAUCCCCAGGUUUGGUGUCGUAGGGUGAGCAAGGCGACACACCUCCUGGCAUAUACCCCCACUGAUUGAUUGAUAACAUAGUUUGUAUUCAAUACAAUACAUAUAGCCUAACAUCUUUCAAGAAAAGAAAUAAUGAAUACCUUAAUAUUGCACAAAGUAAUGGUAAUUGAGUUACCAGUUUGCAAACUAUUUAUUCAUCCAGAACAUAGUUCUGUAUUGGUGAUGAAAAGACAAAAGUAAAGGAGCUAUAAAAAUAUCCUAUAUCACCUUUGUGCAGCACGGUGUAACAACAGCUUUAAGCCAACAAUACUCCCUGUGUUUAAAGGGAAGCUCAUUGAAGGUUUGUGCUCAUCUUUAUACUUCAGAAGAAAUCAGGGGAUGUGUUGAUGUUCAAUGCAUAUUGCUCUUACAUACUUUAAUAAUUUAAUUCAUUAGGUGUACAUAAGCCCAGUGAGACAUAUGUCUUCAUGUAUACAUGUACAUAUUUUACUGUAUGCAUUGCAGUAGAUGUAUUCAUUCACUUAAGUUAGGUAUUAAUAUUUAUCAUUGCACAAAACCUUUAUAUACACAUCUAUAUAUUGUCAUGAAAAACUUGUAAGAUAAAUAUACUUCCCAUCCAUU